AUGGGUGGUAUAGUUACCGCCUCGGCUGUGUCGCUCGGGUUGGUGUGGGAAAAGACCCCAGACCCUGUUCCACGGUGGAGAGGAAAUGGUGGCCACCGAUCUAUAAAAUAUGCAGAUCAAGCCACAAUGUCGAAGGCUGUCGAUGAGAUUAGAAAGAUUCUGGGCCAGGAUGCUGUCAGUGUCGACGAGCAUGAUAUCGACGAGCAUGGCUACUCAGAGUGGUCUACAUCCAACACCGACGUUCGUCCGGCAGCAAUUGUCAGGCCGAAAUCCACCAAACAGGUCUCAGAUGUUGCUCGGAUAUGCUCUCGUUAUAGAGUUCCGAUAGUUCCAUAUGGCGCUGGGUCAAGUGUCGAAGGUAACUUCAGCUCUCCCUUCUCGGGCGUUUGUCUCGAUUUAUCUGAGAUGAAUGACAUUGUUGCCUUCCACCCUGAUGACAUGGAUAUUGUGGUUCAGGCUGGCGUGAACUGGACAGUCAUGAAUGAAGAGAUCAAGGGCUCCGGACUCUUCCUGCCUCUGGACCCCAGCCCAACUGCUAUGGUUGGCGGUAUGAUUGCGACCAACUGUAGUGGAACAAACGCCAUGAGAUACGGAACCAUGAAGGACUACGUGGUCAAUGUCACCGUCGUGCUGGCGGAUGGGUCAAUUAUCAAAACGCGGCACAGGCCUCGGAAGACGUCAGCUGGGUACAAUCUGACGGGUUUGUUCGUGGGUUCUGAGGGCACUCUAGGUAUCAUCACUGAAGCAACCCUCAAGUUGGCCAUUAUUCCGGAUAGCUUCAGUGUGGCGACGGCUACAUUCCCCACUAUCAAGCAGGCAGCCGAGGCCGCUUUCAAGAUGAUGCGCCAUGGUGUUCCCCUCGCUGCACUUGAAUUGAUGGAUGAUGUACAGAUGAAAGUGAUCAAUAGCAGCGGGGGGGCCGGAGGACGGACUUGGGAGGAAAGCCCGACCUUGUUUCUCAAGUUUUCUGGCUCAGAGACAAAUGUCAAAGACAGCCUGCAAUUAGCUAAAGACAUUGCAAAGUCCAACAGCUGCCAUGCAUUUGAGUCAGCCAGCACUGAAGAGCAGAUGCAGUCUCUGUGGUCUGCAAGGAAGCAAGCUCUUUGGGCAAAUCUCGCCGUUCGGCCGGAAGGGACUCAGAUAUGGUCUACUGACGUUGCAGUUCCCCUCUCGCGCAUGGCGGAGCUGAUCGAGAUCUCCAAAGACAAUGCUAGCAAACUUGGUUUAUAUAGCAGCGUGCUAGGCCAUGUGGGAGAUGGGAACUUUCACCAAAUGGUCAUGUAUGAACCAGAUGAUCCACAGCAGCGGAAUGCCGUUUCCGACUGCGUUGAUUCGAUGAUGAUGCGGGCUCUAGAGAUGGAGGGGACUGUAUCAGGAGAGCAUGGAAUUGGACUUGGGAAGAAGAUUUCUCUUUAUAAGGAACUCGGUCCUGAAACGAUCGGAGUCAUGAAAGCACUCAAGGAGACUUUAGAUCCUCAUUGGAUUCUAAACCCUGGUAAGGUAUUCGAUAAUUAA